AUGACACCCUGGUCCACUAUUCUACCUAAGCCACGCAAAACAAACAUCGUGGUAGAGCCCUGGUAUAUCACAUACUUUUGGCCAUGUUGCAGGCUCUGUGGUGGAAGUCCUGACGCAAAAGGGGCUCGGCCCAACGUCAUGGCGAUAACUCGCUUCUUUGCUUCUGGGGAUACAUUGUUAUCCAGUCACCCAGGUGCGGUGGAAUGGGAUACGCAGUCGGCCUCAUGUGCUAUUGUAGACUACCCGUGUUUGGAUAUGUGUGUCCCCGUCACCUUCAAGCCCCAAGGGAAGAAACCACGAUAUAUUUUAUCUCUUCUUCGCGAUGGAACUUUACUCAUGAUAUCCUUCUCUUCAACGACUCUGGCCCAGAAGGUUUUCUUCUCUGCAGAGCGAGAGACUCCAUUUCUCUCACCUGUCGAUGCCAUGGCUACGCUCUUUCCCUCCCGUACUGCCCAGAAACACCGUGAUUUGCCCCGUGAUGUCAUGGCUAUUACGCCUAUAAAAGGAAGGAAUUCCUCAGGAAUUUGUCCCUUCCUCUUCUCUCUCUUUUUUUUUUUUUUUUUUCUCAUCCUACACACCGUCGUUCUGAAGCUCGAUAAUAUCGACAGUAUUCAUUGUGAGAAUUAUCUAUCAGGACAUACCAGCCUCUAUAUCUUCUCUUAA